CGCUCGGCUGGCGAAGGCAGAGCGCCGGGCUGCAUGCGAGAGCCAGCCGCGCAGGGGCCCAUAGCCGCCGAGGAGGGGACGCCAUGUGCCGGCCAGCUCUGACCAGGCUGCUGCUCUUCCACCUGCUGCUCAUCAAGCUGCACAUCGCCAAAGGCUCCGCCAAGGAGUGCGAAGAGGACCAGUUCCAGUGCCGGAAUGAACGGUGCAUCCCUUCCAUUUGGAAAUGCGACGAGGAUGACGAUUGCUCAGAUAAUAGUGACGAGGCAGAUUGCCCCAAGAAGACCUGUGCAGAAAGUGAUUUCACUUGUAACAACGGCCACUGCAUUCCUUCCAGGUGGAAAUGUGAUGGUGAAGAGGAAUGCCCAGAUGGGUCUGAUGAAUCUGAAGCCUCAUGCACCAAACAAGUAUGCUUAGCUGAAAAAAUUAGCUGUGGAGACUCCAGCAACAAAUGCAUCCCAUCUUCAUGGAGGUGUGAUGGAGAAAAAGACUGUGAAAGUGGAAUUGAUGAGGCUGGGUGCACUAAUGUCUGUUCCCCUACUGAGUUCCAGUGCAGCAACAAGACCUGCAUAGCUACAAUUUUUGUCUGUGAUGGCGACGAUGAUUGUGGUGAUGGCAGUGAUGAGAGAAAGUGCCCGCCCCUCACCUGCAACCCCAAUGAGUUCCAGUGCAAUAACAGCCUGUGCAUCCCAGAGAUCUGGGUCUGUGACAAUCAGCCUGAUUGUGAGGACCAUUCCGAUGAGUCAACGGAGAAGUGUGGCUACAAAGCCAAGCCGCAAGCCAUGAGCACCUGUGCAGCUCACGAGUUCCGGUGCGGCAAUGGAGAAUGCAUCCAUCUGAACUGGAAGUGUGACGGAGAUGAGGACUGCAAAGACAAGUCGGACGAGCAAGAUUGUCCUCUGGUGACCUGCAGCCCUGAUGAGUUCCAGUGUGGCGAUGGGACUUGCAUCCAUGGAGCCAAACAGUGCAACAAAGUACAUGACUGCCCUGACAACAGUGAUGAGGCUGGCUGCGUUAACGGGGUGAAUGAAUGUGCACUCAACAAUGGCGGCUGCUCCCACAUAUGCAGAGAUUUGAAGAUUGGCUAUGAGUGUGAGUGUCCUCCUGGAUACAAGCUUCUCGACAAGAAAACAUGUGGAGACAUAGAUGAAUGUGAGAAUCCUGACGCUUGUAGCCAGAUCUGCAUCAACUACAAGGGAGACUAUAAAUGUGAAUGCUAUGAGGGUUACGAGAUGGACACUCUGUCCAAAAACUGCAAAGCUGUAGGGAAGAGCCCGUACUUGGUUUUCACAAACCGCCAUGAAGUACGCAAGAUAGACUUGGUGAAAAGGGACUACUCUCGCAUCAUCCCCAUGCUGAAGAAUGUGGUUGCUUUGGAUGUGGAGGUGGCAACAAACAGGAUAUACUGGUGUGAUUUAUUCUACAGGAAAAUAUACAGUGCCUACAUAGACAAAGCCAGCGACACAGCUGAGCAAAUGGUCCUAAUUGAUAGCCACUUGAACUCUCCUGAAGGCCUGGCAAUGGAUUGGGUUCACAAGAACAUCUACUGGACAGAUUCAGGAAACAAGACCAUUUCUGUCGCCACAGCUGAUGGGAGUAAGAGGAGGACACUUUUCAAUACUAACUUAAGUGAGCCCAGAGCCAUUGUGGUGGAUCCAACACGGGGAUUCAUGUAUUGGUCUGACUGGGGUGACAUAGCAAAAAUUGAGAAGUCUGGCUUGAACGGUGUAGAUCGGCAAGUGCUUGUGAUGGACAACAUUGAAUGGCCCAACGGCAUCACACUAGAUUUGUUAAAUCAGCGCCUCUACUGGGUAGACUCCAAGUUGCACUUGCUUUCAAGCGUAGAUUUCAAUGGCAGCAACAGGAAAGUUCUCAUCUCUUCUGUGGAUGACCUCAGCCAUCCGUUUGGAUUAGCAGUCUUUGAGGAUAGGGUAUUCUGGACUGAUCUGGAGAAUGAAGCAAUCUUCAGUGCCAAUAGGCUGAAUGGUCUGGACAUCUCCAUUUUAGCAGAGAACCUCAAUAACCCUCAUGAUAUUGUAGUCUUUCAUGAGCUAAAGCAACCUAAAGCUCCAGACGCUUGUGAGCUCAGUUCUCUACCAAAUGGAGGUUGUGAAUACCUAUGUCUUCCUGCACCCCAAAUCUCUUCACAUUCUCCCAAGUAUACCUGUGUUUGUCCUGACAAUAUGUGGUUGGGUCCCGACAUGAAAAAGUGCUAUAAAGAUGCUAACAGUGGGCAAGGUUUUGGAUCAACUGUGAUGGCCGCCAUUAUUGGAAUUGUGGUUCCUGUUGUGGUGAUUGGUUUGUUGUGCAUGGGAGGGUAUCUCAUCUGGAGGAACUGGAAACGGAAAAACACGAAAAGCAUGAACUUUGAUAAUCCUGUGUACAGGAAAACUACAGAAGAGGAAGAUGAAGAUGAAAUCCAUAUUGGGAGAACAGCACAGAUUGGGCAUGUGUAUCCAGCACGUGUCGCAUUAAGCCUAGAAGACGAUGGGUUACCAUGAGGACCGCACCUGCACCAACCCCACAGCCGGUGGAUUGAUAGAUAUGCACUGAACAUGCCUGCUGUGGAUCACGGAGUCCACUUUCUUUUAUCUCCUUCUCUCCUUUAAUGGUUUAUUUAUGUUGCAGAAGGGUAACCACAAAGUAAUAAUGAACUGCAAACAUCCAAAGGAUGUGAGAGUUUUGUAUGUAUAAUCUUUUAUACACCUUUUAAGCUUCUUGCACUAUCUAUCCAUAAUGGCGAGGAGGGCUGCUCUACUGUGGGGCUACUAACUCGGUGUAUAGAACCAGCCAGACCCAAGGGUCGGUAGCAUACGUGUCAUUUUUAAAAGCUAUAUUUAUAGAAAUUUUGUAAAUGUGUCAGACAUACUUUGUGGCUAUCCAUCAACAUAAGAAAAAAAAAGAAGAAGAAAGAGGUCUAUACAAGCCGUUUAGGAUAUUUAUUAACAAAUUCUGGAUAUAAGUUUUGUUCUGUACAUACACUUAGAGGAUGAGAGUAUUUAUUUUUUGUAUGCCUGGCUCGCUGUGCAUAGAUUAUCUGUGUAUAUAUCUAUCUACACUGGAUAGGUAUAUAGACAUACGCAUAUAUAAAUAAGUAUAUAUAUAUAAAUAUAUAUAUAUAUGAAUAUGGAUAUAUUUUAGAAAGACUAGCCCAGCUUUAUGGGAAAUAGGGUAAUUAAAUUCUUAAGGGAUGUUUUGUGGAAGAUUUUGCUUUGAAAUCUAAAGCCUCUGAGUAAGGAUUACAGCUGUUACAGUAGGAUAGUCUAUGACUGUCAAAGAAACAAAUGUGCCCCCAUAAUGAACAAACCAAAUUCUGUCCUGGUAGAUGAACCAGCUCAUGGCUUAGACGUCUUUGCACAAUUGUUGCACUCCAGGAAAUUCUCAUAGGCACAGGAAUUCUCACUCACACACGUGAUGAACCUCCCAAAUACGAUUCCCCAUUCGUUGUAAAUGGAGGGAACAGUUUUGCACAGAAAGGGCUGUGUCCUCUCUCCGCUGAAGUGAAUGGGGAAGACCAGAAACUCAGCGCAGACAUCGAGGGCAAUGCCUGCAAUCCCAAACCAUUAAUCUGGCAGGUUUAGACAUACAUUAGCAAGUUUAGGGUGCCAGUCUUAGCAUCUAUUCAAAGAAGUCUCGUUAAGUUUAGCGGAAUAUACUUCAAAGUUUGCAUGUUUAGGAUUACGCUUAAUGGGGGUGAGUUGGGUUGCUCUGCCCCAUGGAUUAUUCUCAGUUUUGAUUUGGUUAUACCUUCCACCCCCUUU